AUGGCAGCCAUUCUUCUGAGGUCAAAGCCCAAGAUGACAGUAUCUUUUGAAGAUGUGUCUGUGUACUUUACAAAGACAGAAUGGAAGCUUCUAGAUCUCAAACAGAGGAACAAGCAAGUGAUGCUGGAGAACUACAGCCAUUUGGUGUCAGUGGGAUUUGCUUUCUCUAAGCCUAACCUGGUAUCCCAGCUGGAGCGAGGGGAGAAACCCUGGAUUAGGGACGGUGGAAUAGAGAGUGCAGCAGGAUCCUGUGCUGGGAAUAGGAUAAAGAGCAAGACUCUGACUUCAAAGCCGAAAACUUUUGGAAGAGGUCUCCUCAGAGACAUCUCUGGAUCCUCGUUGCAGAGCCGUCCUCAUGAUUUCAGGCCAAACCCCAUUGUAAGGUACCAACACUCCAGAAUUGCGGAUAAGCGGUAUCUAUGUCAGCAAUGCGGAAAAUCCUUCAGCCGCAGCUUCAAUCUCAUCAAACACCGGAUUGUCCACAGCGGUGGGAAACCCUAUGAGUGCAGUGACUGUGGGAAACUGUUCCGGUGCAGCUUGGCACUGCUGGAGCAUCAGCACAUCCACAGCACCAACAAGCCCUAUGAAUGUGGCGAGUGUAGCAAAACCUUCACGCGCAGCUCCAACCUCGUCAAGCACGAGAUCAUCCACAGCAGUGAGAUGCCAUUCGUGUGCCGCGUAUGCGGGAAGGUGUUCAGGCGCAGCUUCACGCUGCUUGAGCAUGCGCGUAUCCACAGCGGCGAGCGGCCCUUCGAGUGCAGUGAGUGCGGCAAGGCAUUCAGCCGAAGUUCCAACCUCAUCGUGCAUCAGCGCACGCACAGUGGCCGGAAGCCCUACAUCUGCCAGGAGUGCGGGAAGACCUUCAAGGGCAUCUCGCAGCUCAUCCACCACCAGCGCAGCCACCGCGACAGGCCCUUCGUGUGCCUUGAGUGCGGCAAGGCCUUCCGAGGCCACUCGGGGCUCAGCCAACAUCAGAGGGUCCACCGCGCGGGCGGCGAGAAGCCCUAUGAGUGCAGCGAAUGCGGCCGGGCCUUUGGUCGCAGGACCAACCUCUUCAAGUACCAGGUGGUGCAUGGCAGGGUGCGGCCCCAGCACUGCACCCAAGGGAAGGGGUUCCAGCGUGGCUGCAUGCUCCUGGAGCAUCAGCGGGGUCUCCGUGGGCAGCGGCCCCAGAAGGCUGGAGAAGAUAGUUCUGCUGAACCCCAGCCCAUCAACACCAAUGAGAAGCUCCAAGUGUGUGAGCGCUGCGGCCAGGUCUUGGAGAACAAGUUGCUGUUGUGUCACCACCGGAGCAUUCAUGAUGAUGAAGAUGACAAGAAACAGAAGCCUGUUAUUUCGAGCACCUCAGUUUUGGAGGAUAAGUCAAUGCUCAGCCAACAUCUGGAAGAUCAGCCCACAGAGGAAAGCGACAGUGAAAGCAGUGUAGUUUUUGUUUAUGCUGAAAGCCCCAGGGCCCAAACUCACCUUGAGGCCAGAAACAAGGCAGCAGCUUAG